AUGCUUUCAAAGUUUGUUAGCAGGUCAGUUGAUUUCCAAAUUCUGAAUCUCUGAAAAAAAAAAUUCCAGAAAAUUAAAUUUUCAGAAGAUUUUUCGCCUCUUCUAGACAACUUGUAAAUGUGCAAGAGACGAAGGAUCGUUUGGUGAAAGUGACGUGGAAUGACGGUAUGUUCCUUUAAAUCUAGCUACAGUAUCCCAUGUUCCUUUAAAGUACUGUAGAUCGCUGCGAGACCCAGAGAGGAUUAUGUAUCGUUAGAGACAAAAAUACUAAAAUCAAUUUCGGUCCAAAAUAUUAGCUACAUAAUUGAAACGUAUUUUCGGCGGUAAAAUUUUUGGGAAUGAACGUUCUUUUAAAUAUAGCUACAGUAACCUAGAGUACUGUAGAUCGCUGCGAGACCCGGAGAGGAUUAUUUUGAGUCUGAACAAGCCUAGGGGUACUGUAGAUCGCCGUGAGACCCGGAGAAGAGUCUAAAGAAGCCUCGAGCGCGUAAGCGCGAGUGUAGGCUGAAAAUUCCGCGUAAGCGGCUCGAGCGGAGCGAGUGUAUGUCCCUUUAAAUCUAGCUACAGUACCCCAUAAUCCUUUAGAGUACUGUAGAUCGCUGCAAGACCCGGAGAGGGUUAUUUUGAGUCCUCGAGCGCGUAAGCGCGAGCGUAGGCGGAAAAUGCCGCGUGAGCGGCUCGAGCGGAGCGAGUGUAUGUCCCUUUAAAUCUAGCUACAGUACCCCAUGUUCCUUGAAGGUACUGUAGAUUGCUGCGGGACCCGGAGAGGAUCAUUUUGAGUCCAAACAUUAUAGGGUAGAUUCAUGCUGUCCCUUUAAAUUUACAGUACCCCUCAUUUUUGCAGGACGUGUGAGCACCUUCCCAUUGAUCUGGCUUCGCGAUACUUCCCCCGAUCCUUCUACCUACACCCAAACUCCCGCCAUGACCGCCCGAAAUCUCACCAUGAACACAUUCGACGUCGAACAGACCGCCCAGAAAAUCUGGCUGGAUUCUGAAUCCGACACCCUCAACAUCCAAUGGACUUCCCAAGAGCUCAUCUCCACCUAUCCUUCCGCGUGGCUCCGCUUACGCGACCCAAGCAACGCGGAAAGCCGCGCCGCUCGUCGACGCGUCUAUUUGGCGCCCGGCGAGACGUGGGGCGCGGAAAAGUUGGGGAGCUUGCAGCGAUUUGAGCAUGGCGGGUUUUUGCGCGAUGACCGCAUUGCUCAUGAUUUCCUUGCGGCAGUUUGCCGCGACGGAAUUGCGGUGUUGAGCGGCGCAAAAAAGGGAAGACGCGGAGCGGUUGAGGCGAUUGGCGAGAGGAUUGGAAUGAUCAAAAGGACGCAUUUUGGGUGAGUACGGUAGAUCAAGAGCUUCAUUUUGAUACCAAAAUGUCCCAUUAAAUCUAGCUACAGUACCCAGAGUACUGUAGAUCGCUUUGGGGAAUUUUUUGAUAUAAAAAAUGACAGGGUUACUGUAGGUUUUGACGCGAAAAAAAAACAUUUUCACGUGACCUAGUUUUCCAAAAAAAAAUCAUAAAUUUUCAAAAAAAAAAAUUAUUUCUAAUAUUUUUUCGUAAAUUUGAGUGGGAACAAGUUAAUCAAUCGCAUUGUUAGUUGAAUUCAAAAUAUAAGGUUGUUAUUUUCUUUAAGCCAAAAUCUACAAUUGCGACAAGUUGAAAUUGAAAAUCUUUUUAUUCCAACGUUUCGACGUAUAACGUCAUCAUCAGGGAUAAUACUGAAAAAAUAAAAUGGGUUAUUUACAAUGUAUAAGUUACAAAUUUUUGAAAUAAACUUAAAAAACCAAAAAUCUCGAAAAACCAACAAAAAAUAAAAUAAAAUAAACCUGCUAAAGUGCGUGUAGGCGGAGUGUUGUUAGUACUUUAGGAGAAUUUUUAUUCUUUUGAUUUGUUUUUUUAUUGUGAAAUUGAAAUUGAAAUGAAUUUAGAUGAGAAUUUGUGUUUUAUUGAUGUUAGUUAGAAAGAAUUUGGUAUUUGGAUUGUUCCAAGCCUUGUGAUCAUAUCCGAGAGUUCCUCUUUAUUGUUUAAUGAAGGAUUGUGAUGUUUUAUCAAAACCCCUUCUCUGAUCUUCCGAAUAUUAGUAUUGCGUUCGACUUCCAGAAUAUCAACAUCAAUCACCAAAGCCUCUCCACCAUGUUUUUCCUUAGAAUGUUUUGCCCAAACACUCGAACUAUAAGACUUAGUCAUAGGUUUAUUGCAGGCACGUCUGUGUUCCGCAAACCUAGACUCAAAAGGUCGGCCUGUUUCUCCAAUAUAAAAUUCCCCGCAGUCACAUGUGAUUUUAUAAAUUACGCCUUUCACAUUACAUUUUCCUAUUCCGAAUUUUUCACAGAUUCUACAGUCACGAUGAUUGCAGGUAGAUUCGAAACAUCUGUUUUUGACCAAGAUAUCUUUAAGUGACCUCCCUUUGAGUUCAACCACUUGUGUAUCCAGUUCAAAUUCUUUCAGAAUGUUCCGAAUCCGUUUCGUGACCAUAUCACCCAUGAAAGGAAUAGUCAUAAUACAAUGAUCUACAUUGGUUUGAACGGAUACUCGUUUUUGAUAGAAAGGUCUAUUAGAUUUUUGUUUAGAAAUAUUGUAUCCGUUUUUCUCCAAUACUCUUAACGCCAAAUUUUCUGAAUAGGACUUAUUAUCCGAAGUAGAGCAAGAUUUUGCUGUUCGAAUCGUAUUGACUACGAUAUUCGACUUUUGUUUGAUGGGAUGAAAAGAAUCAAACCGUACCAGCAAAUUCUUACUACUUGGUUUCCGAUACCAGCGAUGAACAAUAGAAUUGUCCUGGAUGCGUAAUUCGAAAUUUAGGAAAGGAAGCCAACCAUUGGUAGGCUCUUCCCUUGUUAGUUUUAUGAAGUUGGAUUGUGAAUUGAGACAUUGGAAAAUCUCAUUCAAAUCCUCCUUUGACGCAGCCAGAACAAUUAUAUCGUCAAUGUAACGAUAGAAACAGAUAUUGGAAAGACUACGAGCUGGAAAUUCAAUAGAAUCCAUGUAAAUAACUGCUAACAUUGGUGCAAGGCGGCUCCCCAUAGCCAAUCCUCGACGCACUUUAGCAGGUUUAUUUUAUUUUUUGUUGGUUUUUCGAGAUUUUUGGUUUUUUAAGUUUAUUUCAAAAAUUUGUAACUUAUACAUUGUAAAUAACCCAUUUUAUUUUUUCAGUAUUAUCCCUGAUGAUGACGUUAUACGUCGAAACGUUGGAAUAAAAAGAUUUUCAAUUUCAACUUGUCGCAAUUGUAGAUUUUGGCUUAAAGAAAAUAACAACCUUAUAUUUUGAAUAAUAUUUUUUCUUCAACAAAACCAAAAAAUGCAUGUCAAUUAGGGUAGGUACAGUAAGAUAUGCGCCUUUAAAUCUAGCUACAGUUUCCCAUGUUCCUUUAAAGUACUGUAGAUCGCUGUGAGACCCGGAGAGGAUUAUUUUGAGACCAAAAAAGCCUAGGUUCCAGCGAAGCGCGAGUGUAGGCGGAAAAUUCCGCCUAAGCGGCCGAGCGGAGCGAGUGUAUGUCCCUUUGAAUCUAGCUGAAUUGCUGCGAGACCCUAUGUACAGUAACCAGUAGAUCAAGAGCUUCAAUUUGAUACUAAACAAGCCUAGGUUCCUUCAAAUCCAACUACAGUACCCCAUGUUCCUUUGGAGUACUGUAGAUCGCUUCGGGACCCGGAGAAAAUUAUUUUGAGUCUAAACAAGCCUAGCGCGAGUGUGAGCGGAAAAUUCCGCGUAAGCGGCCGAGCGGAGCGAGUGUAUUUUCCUUUAAAUCUAGCUGUAUCGCUGCGGGACCCUAAUUACAGUAACCGGUCGAUUAAGAGCUUUAUUUUGAUACCGAACAAGCCUAGGUUCCUUUAAAUCCAGCUACAGUACCCCAUGUUCCUUUAAAUUUUCCAGCACAGUCUUCGAAGUUGCCACCAAAUCCGAUGCUUCCAACAUGGCCUACGCUUCCAAUGGCAGUCUCCCCUUUCACACCGAUUUCCCAUCGCUCGCAAACCCUCCGCAACUCCAGCUUCUUCACAUGCUCCAGCGCGCGGAAACCGGCGGCAACUCGCUGUUCGUCGACGGAUUCCACGUGGCACAACAGCUGCGCGCGGAAAAACCGGACGUCUUCGAAGUGCUCACGAAAUAUUCCAUGGAAUACAUUGAGCGGGGCUAUGAUGUUCAUGAAGGUCAAAACGGAAUUGCGGAGCAACGUUUCGAUUAUGAUAUGUGUGCACGGCAUAAAGUGAUUAGGCUUAAUGAGCUGGGCGAAGUUUGCGAGAUACAGUUUGGAAAUGCGAUGAGGAGUUGGUUUUAUGAUUGUGAACCGGACAAGAUUCAGGAGAUCUAUCGGGCGAUGAAGAUUUUCACAGAGUAUUGUUAUCAGGAGCGAAAUGUGUUGAAGUUUGCGUUGGAUGAUGGUGAGAUUUUUGAAAUUUUGAAUUUCGCGUCGAAAAAUACACGUGGCAAUGUUUGGCGCCAAAAGUAGAAAAUUCAAAAUUUUUGAAUUUUUGAGCCAAAAAUUUGAAAUAUUGAUCUUUGACGCCAAAAACGGGGUGUUGAAAAUUUGAAAAUUCAAUUUUCGCACCAAAAAAUCCACGUGGAAAAACUUGGCGCCAAAUUUUAAUAAAUUCAAUUUUUUUUUAUUUUAGCGCCUGAUAUUUUUUCGCGCCAAAAAUACACGUGGCAAAAUUCAGGCAGGAAAUUUUAAUAAUUUAAAAUUUUUAAAAUUUUAGCGCCUGAUUUUUCAAAUUCAAAAUUUUGAGUUUUUUAGCAAAAAAAUCCACGUGUCAACAUUUUUUUCUGAAAAUUUCAAAAUUCAAUUUUCGCGCCAAAAACUCCACGUUGCAAAAUUCAGGCGGUAAAUUCGAAAAUUCAAAUUUUUGCUUUGAAUUCACGUGGCGAUGAUUUUUUUUUGAAUAUUCAAUUUUCGCGCCAAAAAUCCACGCAGUUUUUCAACACCCAAAUUUUGAAAAAUUCAAAUUUCCCGCCCAAAAAUAGUCCACGUCACAAAUUAUCUUCCAGGCGACACCGUACUCUGGGCCAACAAACGUCUGCUGCACACACGCGACGCGUUCCGCAACGCGCCCGGAAAAUCACGAACUUUGACCGGAUGCUAUUUUGACUGGGAUAUUUUGAAGUCACGAAUUCGACACUUGCGAAAUUCACUAAAUCAUCCCGAAAAACAAGUGGCCGCUUAA